CCGGCGGCCAUUUAUAGGCGCGGAACGGGCGCUGCGCAGACGGAACGAGCGGGCGGUACCGGGAAUACCGGCGGCUGUAUCGCGGCCCAUCCCCGCGGGAGCACCGAGAAACCCCCCGCGGAGCCCCGAUCCACCUUUUCCGAGCGCCCCUUCGGCCGCCGCUGAGCUUUUGUUUCUGUUCGCGCAGCGCCUGAGCGCCCCCGCCCAGCUUUGUUCUUGUUGCGGCCCUUGCGGGGAAGGCGCGGCCAAGAUGGACCCUUGUCACACCGAGGAGACCGAGGGCGAGAUCCCCGGCUUGGGCUUCAGUGACCGAAGCGAGCAGAUUGUUUCACGUGGGGUAGCGUCAGCCUUUGAAGCUGCAACCACAGAAGCAGAGACAGAGCAGAGCCUCACCCCCAAUGUGAUGCUUAACACAGAGAGCAGCGAGGGAUACGUGGUGAAGGUCCGGGGGCUGCCUUGGUCUUGCUCCACCGAGGAGGUGCAGAGAUUCUUCUCCGAUUGCAAAAUUCUGAACGGGGCUCUGGGUAUCCGUUUCAUCUACACCAGGGAGGGCAGACCAAGUGGAGAAGCAUUUGCUGAACUUGAGUCAGAGGAGGAUGUGAAAUUGGCCCUGAAAAAAGACAGAGAAACAAUGGGACACAGAUACGUUGAAGUUUUCAAGUCAAACAACGUUGAAAUGGAUUGGGUUCUGAAGCAUACUGGUCCCAACAGCCCUGAUACAGCUAAUGAUGGUUUUGUACGUCUUAGAGGACUCCCAUUUGGCUGUAGUAAAGAAGAAAUUGUACAGUUUUUUUCAGGGUUGGAAAUCGUGCCAAAUGGGAUAACAUUGCCGGUGGACUUCCAGGGGAGGAGUACGGGGGAGGCCUUCGUGCAGUUUGCUUCACAGGAAAUAGCUGAAAAGGCUCUAAAGAAACACAAGGAAAGAAUAGGGCACAGGUACAUUGAGAUCUUCAAGAGCAGCCGAGCAGAGGUGCGCACUCACUACGACCCUCCCCGCAAGCUGCUGGCCAUGCAGAGACCGGGUCCGUACGACAGGCCCGGCCUGACGCGCGGGUACAACAGUCUGGGUAGAGGAAGUAGCUUGGAGAGAAUGAGGCGUGGAGCCUACGGAGGAGGUUAUGGAGGUUAUGAUGACUACAAUGGGUAUAAUGAUGGCUAUGGGUUUGGUUCUGAUAGAUUUGGAAGAGAAUGGACUCUUUUCUCCGCAGGGAUGUCGGACCACAGGUACGGCGACGGAUCGUCCACCUUCCAGAGCACGACCGGCCACUGCGUCCACAUGCGAGGUCUGCCCUACAGAGCCACAGAGAAUGACAUCUACAACUUCUUCUCACCUCUGAACCCUGUAAGAGUACACAUUGAAAUUGGACCAGAUGGCAGAGUAACUGGAGAGGCAGACGUUGAAUUUGCUACUCACGAGGAUGCAGUGGCUGCCAUGUCCAAAGACAAAGCAAAUAUGCAACACAGAUAUGUAGAGCUCUUCCUGAAUUCUACAGCAGGAGGGACUGGUGGUGCCUAUGGCAGUCAGAUGAUGGGAGCAAUGGUCAAGGAGUCGGAAGGGGUAGUCCAAGAUUGGAACACUAGCACAUUGCCAGGGAGCCAAUCCAGUUAUGGUGCUCCAGGCAACCAGCAGCUGAGUGGGGGCUAUGGAGGAGGAUAUGGAGGUCAAAGCAGCAUGAGUGGCUAUGACCCCGGGAGCCAGGGCGCCAUGAACAGCAGCUACUACAGCAGUGGGAACCGCGCAUCCAUGGGAGUGAACGGCAUGGGCGGCAUGUCCAACAUGUCCAACAUGAGUGGUGGCUGGGGAAUGUAACCAAUCGCUGACUUUUGGUCACAUCUUUUUUAAAAAACAAAAAAACAAAAAACUAAGUUUAACAGUUUUGCAAUACGAGCUUGUGAUUUAUGCUUUACUGUAAGUGAAUUCAGGAUUGUUUUAAAACCUUUCAGGUUCAGUAUUUUUGAACAUACAGAAAUGAACAUUCAUCUAGGAUGUAAUAACCAAGUAAAGACUAUAACUGUUAAACAAUUUGGAGCGUUUCUCAAGUUAGUUUUGUUGUAGGAGUGUAUUUAAGCAGUAAGCGUAUUUAGGUUAAAGCUGUUUGAAUUAUGUUAAAUGUUGCUCUUAUACCAUAUUACAUCCAACACUGUUUUGAAUACAUGUUGAAAGAGACAUGCUUUUUUGUAAAGAACCAAUAUAGGAGCUGUGUCUGAAAAUCAAAGUGAACAUUUGGCAUGUUAGUUCUAGUUUAUUUCUUUUAAUAUCCUGUAAGGCAUGUUAAAGCUUUUUUUUUUUUAAGUUAAUGGGGGAAACAUGUUGAGACGCAAUACGGCUACUUUAGGAUUUUGGUCUUGGUGUUCGUAUAAAAUUCUGAGGCCUUGAUUUAAUCUUUCAUUGUAUUGUGAUUUCCUUUUUAGGUGUAUUGCGCUAAGUGAAACUUGUUAAAUAAAUCUUCCUUUUAAAAACUGGAA